UGCACCAUGUCGCAUCACCAAAGCCUUGCCGCCGGACAUGCACGCGUCCUGGCAAACAGCUCGUUAACUUGUUCUCGGUUCGUUCGCGGACGUCGCGUAUGUCAUCAGACACAACCCACUUCUUUGAGAUGCCGGCAUCAAUUGGACCGCUUCGCUUUGCUUGCUUCUGCCAACGAACCCAUCACAAGUGCAAGCAAUGGAGCGGUCUUGGACAAACGCUCAGGGCGCAUGACCUACAAACCGCUAUCAUACGGUGAAAUGGUUAAUGAUGCGGUAGACUCCGUUGUGUCAGCGAUCGGCGAUAACCUGAAAUGGUUGGAGGUGGAGUUCCCAGCUUUGCCAACCAAUGUGGACGGUUACAAGGGGUCAUCGGACCUUUUCAUCGACUCCAACACACAGCUUGCGCUUGCGGGCGCUAGGCGGUUGGCUGCCAGGGGUCGCAAGGUGCACAUCGUGCUGCCGGAUGGCGGGGAAUACGCUCGCACCUGCCGCAUCUUCAAGAACUCCAUUCAGCUGGCUGAGGGUGUCACGGUGGGACACCUCAAGGAGGGUAGCCCUCCCAAUCCGCUAUCGGCUCUGUUUGGAGGCGGUGCGCCCAGCAGCAAGGAGGCCGGCGAGCAAGCGGACACGUACAUCUUCAUCAACGCGACCUGCAUUGAGUUGCUCAACGUGCGAGCAUAUGUUGAUAAGAUGGUCGCCGACGGCGGUCAGGACAAGGUGUUCAUUCUGUGGAAUAUGGAGCUCGACACGCUGCGAGGUGACUUGGGGCUGCCGGCGUUCCCUUCCAAGGACAUGCACUACCAGUUCCUGUCGCGAGUGCGGCCCGUCUUCUACCUGCGUCCCCGCGACUACUCAAAAUCCGUGCCAGUGCCGCCCUUCAUCGUUAACUACAGCGGCGCGCUGUUCCGGGAGUACCCAGGGCCCUGGCAGGUAAUGCUCAAGCAGGACGGGGGCGAGUACGCAUGCAUUGCCGAGGAUCGGGCUCGCUACAAUCUGGGUGAGGUAAAGGAGGAGCUCACUGUGGCCAUGGGGCUGGCAACGGAAGCUGAGGGGAGCGCAAUGCAGUUCCUGCGCCGUGGUUACAAGACCAGCACCUGGUACGAGGAUGACUAUGAUCUGGAGCAGAGCCACGAGUGGAGGUUGUAA